CACUCGUCUUUGCGAGAGAGAGUUUUUCCGAUUCGGCCGCCGCGCGGCCGUCACGAACCAGAUAAAAUCUCCACGCAGUUCCCCUCAAAAAGAAAUUUGGUUGAUUUUGAUUUGAUUUGAUUCGUGUGCUCCCCGCCGCCUUCGAUCCCUCCAACGGAUAAUCGCCGCCGACGACGACGAUUCGGAGGAGAAGAUAGUAUUCAAGUGGGUUCAUCAAGAUAAUUUGUUUGCAGUGUGCUGGAGAUAGUGUGGUCUGACCAGGCUUGUUGGGGAUUAGUGAAGCUAAGCAUCGCAGAUAUCUGACAACAGAGAGUUGAUGCCCAUGUUUGCUAGCACAAUAUGGAUAUUAUUGACUUGUGUUCAGACAGUGAAGAGUACUUCAGCCCGUACUCAGAUACAGAAGACAAUCUUGAUUUUGACGAUCCCAAUGAUGGUGUUAACCAGGUGGUUUUGCACAACACAGCAUUUGGCAAUAAUAGUUCAGAACUACUAGUCGGGCUGGAUGACGAUAACUGGUUAAACAACACUCAUGCUUUAUCCUCUCAUAGACCUGCUGAGAAUAGAUCAGACAUUAUUGAAAGCAGCAGCGGUGUCAACACUGACUGUCAGAAUAGUGCUUGGCAAUACAGGACUCUUCCACAUACCUUCAUGAGCAGCAGUUACAAGUCUCGUCCACUUUCUCUAACAGGAGGUAACAAUGUUGAAAGUACACACCCCACUGUGAAGCCUAACACUGUGCACUAUAAUGGAAUUGGGUUCCCUUCACCUGCUAUUGCAAGUGGCUACAAGCCAUAUGUUAGUUAUGGCCAGGGUGUUUCAAUUGAUGAUGAUGACGAUGAUGUCUAUGAGGUUCUGCAUCAACCAUUUCCGUUCAGUCAUUCGAGUUUAGGUGACAAGAAGAUCGAGGAAGAAUCCACUUGGAAGUACAAUGGUUUUCAAACAAGUUCUGCCUAUGGAAUCGAGAUGCCUACAUCUGCAAUGUCAACAGGUGGUGUCUCUGCAUAUGGAGGUCUAAACUCACAUAGGAUCUUUCCUCCAUCAGUGCCAUACAACAAUUCUGUUAACAAUUUUGGAGUCAAUGGCCUUGGCACUCAGAGCCACUUAAAUAUAGAAAAGAGGCUUUUUGGCCGUGAUGAGAGGGUGGUGUAUGAUGAAGCCCUGAAGCAAAUCAGUCAAGAAACAACGGAAGAAAAUUUGCCUGAAGGUGUUAUGUCAGUAUCACUCCUUAAGCACCAGAGAAUAGCAUUAGCUUGGAUGGUUUCCAGGGAGAAUAGCUCACAUUGUUCAGGUGGAAUUUUGGCAGACGAUCAGGGUCUUGGGAAGACAAUAUCAACUAUUGCCCUUAUACAAAAGGAGAGGGUUGAGCAGUCUAAGUUCAUGUCUGCUGAUGUGGGCAGCAUGAAAUCUGUAGCUAACCUUGAUGAGGAUGAUGAAGUAGUGAUAGUCAUGGACAAGAAGCAACUGAAGGGUGAAUCUGUGAAUAUGCUACAGGAUUCAACACUGUUUCCAUCAUCAGAAGCAGCAAGUGAUGCCGCAGAUCUGAAGCCCUGGGCUAGUCUACCGGGGUCUGCUGUUGAUAGAAUGGUAAAUGCUGUCAAAGUUGAACCCAAGAAGAAGGCUAGAGUGAGACCAUCGCCUUCGUCAACUUUGAGGUCUGCUAAUAGAUCAACUGCGGGAACACUAGUGGUGUGUCCAGCCAGCGUUCUUAGACAGUGGGCUAGUGAGUUGGCUGCCAAGGUUACUGAAAGUUCUAAAUUGUCUGUUUUGGUUUAUCAUGGAGGUUCAAGGACUAAAGAUCCAACUGAGUUGACAAAAUAUGAUGUUGUUGUCACCACAUACACUAUUGUAGCCAAUGAGGUACCCAAACAAAACUUUGAUGAGGAUAUGGAGGAAAAGAACAGCGAAACAUAUGGGUUAUGUCCAGCAUUUUCUAUUGGCAAUAAAAGAAAGAAAGACAGCGAACCAAAGAAGAAAAAGAAACCCAAAAAUUCAGAUGCUGACCUUGAUGGUGGACCACUUGCCAGAGUGCGAUGGUUCAGAGUUGUGCUUGAUGAAGCUCAAACAAUAAAGAAUCACAAUACUCAAGUGGCUAGAGCCUGUUGUGGACUGAGAGCAAAACGGAGAUGGUGUUUAUCAGGAACUCCUAUACAAAAUACAAUUGAUGAUCUGUAUAGUUAUUUCCGUUUCUUGAAGUAUGAACCAUAUUCUGUGUAUGGUUCCUUUCGCUCUAUGAUAAAAUACCAAAUUUCUAGAGAUGCAACUCGUGGAUAUAAGAAACUCCAAGCUGUCUUGAAGAUAGUUCUGUUGCGGCGCACAAAAGAAACACUAAUCGAUGGAGAACCAAUCAUAAAAUUGCCACCAAAAACGAUUCAGCUGAGCAAAAUAGACUUCUCAAAAGAGGAGCGAACUUUCUAUAUGAUGCUUGAAGAAGGUUCUAGGGAAAAGUUCAAGGAAUAUGCUUCUGCUGGGACGAUAAGAGAAAAUUUUGCAAACAUUCUUGUAUUGCUGCUGCGACUUCGGCAGGCUUGUGACCAUCCUCUUCUUUUGAAGGGAAAGGAAAAAGAUUUGAUUGAUACUGGUUCUGUAGAAGUGGCAAACAAACUUCCUAAGGAAACAGUGAUAAAUUUGCUUGGACAGCUGGAAGGAGACUAUGCAAUUUGUUCCAGAUGCAGUGACCCACCUGAGGAUGUUGUUGUAGCAACAUGUGGUCAUGUUUUCUGUUAUCAGUGUGUGCAUAAGAGCUUAACAAGUGAUGAGAAUGUCUGUCCCUCCCCUUCUUGUGGGAAGAAAUUAAGCGCUCAAACAGUUUUUUCACCUGGAGUGUUAAGGUUUUGUAUAGCUGAUAAAUUGGAGUCUGGUGCAACAACUAGUAGUUCUGUAGAAGCAGAUGGCUCUCCAUCAAUCUGUGAAAGCAGUUACAUAUCUUCUAAGAUCAGGGCAACCACUGACAUACUUAACUCAAUCGUGAAUACACCUGCUCUAACUUGGAGUGAUACUAUGGAAUCAAGUCCAAGUGAAGUAGCCCCUUCUAAGGCGAUAGUAUUCUCCCAGUGGACUGGCUUGCUGGACUUGCUGGAGCUUUCGCUGGAUAGCAGCCGUAUAAAAUUCAGAAGGCUUGAUGGUGCAAUGUCUCUCAACUUAAGAGAAGCAGCAGUGAGAGAAUUCAACACUGAUCCAGAGGUGAGAGUGAUGCUCAUGUCACUUAAGGCUGGAAAUCUUGGUCUCAACAUGGUAGCUGCUUGCCAUGUGAUUAUGAUUGAUCCAUGGUGGAACCCUUAUGCUGAGGACCAGGCAGUUGAUAGAGCACACAGAAUUGGUCAGACCCGUCCUGUAACCGUUUCCCGCUUAACUAUCAAAGACACAGUGGAAGAUCGGAUUUUAGCUCUACAGGAGAAGAAGAGAAAGAUGGUCCAAUCUGCUUUUGGUGAGGACAAACCUGGCGGCAGUGCAACUCGGCUCACCAUAGAUGAUCUCCAAUAUCUAUUCGGAAUAUGAGGGCAGCUCAUGAUCCUUUUGUGGAGCUAGCUGGUGAAUUUUGUCGUAGCAAGACUGACAUAGUCCUAUCAGCUAUAGCUGAUGACAAAGCCUUAGCACCAUUAAUUUAUGCACCCGAUGUUCCUCACCAUGGGUGAUGCCAUGUCUUUUGAAUUGCUCUGAUCAUUGGACAGAGAGGGUUAGUUAGCUUUUGUAAUUAGAUUAUGUUCGCCGUCGCUGGAAUGGGAUGUUAGGAGGUCUUACAUCAGAAGCAGCCUUUUUUUGUGUGUAUAUAUAUAUGGCAUGCUAAUUUUAAUGUUGGUUCUCUGAUGGAAUGCAUUACAAAGUACAAACUGUUACUCCUAUGAUUGUGAUGGGGAAGUCUUUUUCGCCCUUUAAGGAGA